AUGGAGCCUCGAGCUCGCGCCGGCAAGAAUGUCGGCAAAGAGACCUUCAGUCCCAAAGAGAUUGGUCAACUCCUAUACGCGUACGGCGACGUGAAGGAACCGCUUCAAGAGACGGUUCGCGUGCUGGACGAGAUCGUGACGGAGUUCCUGGAGGGCGUGUGCUUCGAGGCGAGCCGGCACGCUCAGGUGGCGGGCCGGCAGAAGCUCAAGUUCGACGACUUCGAGUUCGCGCUGCGCCGCAGCCCGCAGUACCUCGGCCGCGUCAAGGCCAUGAUCGAGAAGCGCCAGGAGAUCAAGGACGCGCGCCGCACCUUCAACCAGAACGACGACGACAUCGCCAAGGAGCACGCCGCGAAGGACGGCGCCGCCCGUAAAGAUGCGGCGGAAGAUGAGCUGCUGGGUUUGGAUGAGGCGGAUGAGGAUCUGGUUGUUACGCGCGAUACUUCGUCCAAGGGUACGGGUGGGAAGAAGAGGAAGAGGGCGGCAAAGUGA